UUAUUUGCUAGACUGACCCCAGCUGUCUAUUACUAUAGCAACCUCAAUAGACAUACAUUUGCUACUUUUAAAAUGACUGAUUUAUUAGCAAAAUCAGGAAUUUUCUUUGAUGAAGUGGAUAGAAUAUGUAUUUUAGAGCCCGAAGUAUCAAAAUCGACCCAUGAGCUUAAAGAUGAAUGUCAACUUUACACUGAAAAAAUUGAGGAAUUUCAACGAUUAUCGAAAAAGUACGUUGAUCUUGUCCAACAAUUAGGAGAUACUAUUGAAAAAGAAAAAAUGAAAGCAAUAGGAGCCAGAAAUAUUUUGCAAAGUAUGGAGAAGCAAAGAGAACAUAAUCAAGAACAACUACAGGCAAUGGUUUCCGAGAAAACGAUGGAAUUGGAGCGUUUGAAAAUUCAACUUAUUUCUUUACAAAAAACAGAAAUGGAACAGCUAGAAAUAAUAAAUCAAUUGACUCACUGUUGAA